AUAAUUAUAUCAUUAUCGUGUGUUAAUAGCGGAUUAUAUAUUUUAUCUGUAGACAAGGUAUACUCAUUAGCAGUUUUGUGUUGAAACGCCAGCAUAAGACUAACAAAAAUGCAAACUCCACUUAUAUUGAUCUCAAUCCUUGGUUUGGCGCUGGCGACGCCAAUCCAGUUGAUGAGAAUCGAAGAAGCGUUAUUAAAUCAAGAUGCCGUUGUCAGAAAUAGUGCUCUUGAGAACCUGCUGGUCGGGUUAAUAGAAGACUUGAGAGGGACCAUGCUGACUGGUAGUGAUGAUGUACCAGUUUUAGAUCCCCUUGAAUUAGACCACUUGUUUAUUGGAGACGAUGUCCUGCCUAUUCCUGGAGCCAGAGUAGAAGUGAAUGAUGUAACAGUCUCAAAGCUGAGCACUUUCGUCGUGGAUACUUUAUCCGUCAACACAGUGUCUCUGUUCCUCCAAAGGUACAGCCUGGAAUUUGAUUUCAACGUUCCCGUCUUAGAAAUUGAUGCCAGGCAUUACGACCUUGCAAUUCAUGUUGCUGGUACCAACAUUUUUGGGGCUGGAGAUGGCAAAAUCGACAUUAUUAAGCCGAGGUUCAAGGGAUCUUUAUUGCUGGCCCCUAGACUGUCUAUUGGCAGUGGCCUGCAUUUGAACAUUUUGGAAUGUAAUGUCCAAUUCGAACUGGGAGGUUUUGAGUCUCAAAUCAAUGGUUUAUUCAACGAUGAUUCACUCGCGGCUUUCAUUAAUACUUUCCUGAAACAUUUCGUUCCUGAUUUGGUGAAGCUUUAUGAGGAUGACAUUAAUAAGGUUUUAAGUGAGACCGUGAAAGAUGUUGGCAAUGACAUAUUAGCUGAUAUUAACCUCGGAGGAAUUCUUGGUUGAUUUACAGUACAGUACAAAUAUACUUUAAUUAUAAGAAUG